AUGGCCCCGAAACCCAGCACCUUGUCCGCCGAACAGGUCCGCCAGUUCAAGGAGGUUUUUGAUGUCUUUGACAAGGAUAACACUGGCGACAUCACCGCUAGCGAGCUCGGCAAGGUCAUGCGCGAGCUUGGCCUGAAUCCCAGCGACGAGGAACUCAAGGACCUCAUCAACGAAGCUGAUCUCAACAAGGACGGCGUUAUAUCGUUUGAGGAGUUUCUGGCCCUAAUGUCCAAGGACGUCGGAGAGGUGGACACCGAAGAGGAGCUCAUCAACGCCUUCAAGGUGUUUGACAAGGACGGCAGCGGCACCAUCUCGAGCGAAGAGCUGCGCAACGUCCUCAAGUCGCUGGGCGAGAACCUGACCGACGCCGAGCUCGACGAGAUGGUCAAGCUGGCUGACCGCGACGGCGAUGGGCACAUCGAUUACAAGGAGUUUGCCCACAUCAUGAAAUAG